CAGUGUGUAUCAGGGAGAUUCCUAGAUGUGAGAAGUGUGCAGGAGGACCUGAUAGAAAGGAAUGUGUAGUAUUGAUGUAAAAAGUUGUGUGUAUAAACUGUAGGGGUACACAUGGUGCUGGAGAUCAGAUGUGUCCGGUGAGAGAAAGACAGGUUGAGGUUACCAGGAUCACAGUAGUGCAGAAGGUGUUGUAUGCUGAGGCAGUGAAGAGAGUACUAGAGGAAGAUGGGUCCAGGGUGAGGGAUCCUGAGAGGAUCCCUGUAAUUAGGCUGAUGUCAAGAGAGUGAUAGGAAUAACAUGCUUCAAGUUUUUUUUAAUGUUUUUUUGCGUUCAUGGCCAUGGUUGUCAACUGUAACGCAGCAAUAGAACAUAAAUCGAAGUGCAUAGAUGUGGUGGCAGCUGCAGAGAACUACUUGGGAGUAUGAGAUUUUACUGCAGAAGAGUUACAAGGUGUUUUGAACGAUAAUAUCCAGUCCUCCCAGGCUGUUGGUCUGGUGUAAGAUCAGAGGGCCAAAGUUGCGGGAUAAUGAGGUUUUAAUGGGUGUAGGGUCAGUGGUGUAAAGUACUUGAAUAGUAUUUUACUGGGUGACUUCCAACGUUUACUUUAGUCAUUUUCUAUUAAGAUAUCUUUUACUCAAGUAUGAGAUUAGGUAUUUUUUCCACCCCUGUGCAGCACUAGUUAGUAGUUUUUUCCCAAAGCGUAAUGAAUUCAGACGACAGAGUAGUAGGCGGAUACACAGCCAAUACAGUACUUAGCUGCAUGCAUCUAUUACAAUUGUAUGCGGACCGCCAUAAUGCCAAAGAAGAAGAAUACCACUUCCUUCACCACAGCUUUGAGUCUGCUGCGUGAAGCGGAAGAAGUAUGAAUGCACCGACUACUGCGGAGGUUGCAUUGCUGUAAAUGCUGCAUGGCCGCUGCAGACGUCGGAUUGAACAUACAUCGGGUUUUACUGGUUCGUUGCACGGAUAGCGCAGCGGACAGAGCUAGUCCGUCCCCCUCCACCCUGCCAGAGUCCCCGGGUUGCAACUCUUCCGGUAGCGCUUUACUGUUGGUUCUGAAGAGGGUGUCGGUGCGGCUGGUCGACUGCAGUAAAACAGCAGGGCAGAGUGGAGCUGUGAGAGAAGGACACGAGGAUGGAGAUUUGAUUUCAUCAAGGGACUCCCAUAACCAUCGCUCUUUCAAUGGAAGGUACUUAUCAUCUGGGGAGCCUCAACAACAUCAUGUUGCUGAAGAGGCAGAGAAGUGUCUCUCCAGAUCAGAUCACCUCAAGAUACACCAGCAGAGAAAUACAGUGAAGAAACCUCACCACUGUUACUCUGACUUUGGGAAGAAUUUUACUAGACUGAGGUCCUUAAUUCACCAGCAGAUUCACACUGGAGAGAAACCGUACUGCUGCUCUCAGUGUGGGAGGGGUUUUACUGCAUCUAAUGCCUUAAAAUAUCAUCUGAAAAUUCAUACAGGGGAGAGGCCUUAUCCCUGCCUUGAUUGUGGGAAAAGCUUUGCUAAUUCAGGAGGCCUGACCAUACACAAGCGUUUACACACUGGAGAGAAACCUUACAGCUGUGAACAGUGUAGGAAGAGAUUCAAUCAGUCAGGCCACCUGACUACACACCAGCGAACACACACUGGAGAGAGGCCUUAUAGCUGUGAUCAAUGUGGGAAGAGAUUCAAUCAGUCAGGAGAGCUGACUACACACCAGCGAACACACACUGGCCAGAGGCCUUAUAGCUGUGAUCAAUGUGGGAGGAGAUUCAAUCAGUCAGGAGAGCUGACUACACACAAGCUAACACACACUGGAGAGAGACCUUACGUCUGUCUAUGUGGAAAAGGCUUUGCUCGAGCUUCCACCCUGACUAGACACCAGCGAACACACACUGGAGAGAAACCUUAUAGCUGUGAUCAGUGUGGAAAGAGCUUUUCUCAAACUUUCUCCCUGACUAAACACAAGCGAACACACACUGGAGAGAAAGAAGCCUUAUAUCUGUGAUCAGUGUGGGAAGCGUUUCAGUCAGUUAUGGACCCUUUAUUCACACCAGUGAACACACACUGGAGAAGGAACCUUAUGUCUGUCCAGGUGGGAAGAGCUUUGUUUAUUUAGGGCCAAUGAGAGAGAAAAACCCACCAGAAAACAAAAACAUGCCCUAUUUCCUCUCCCUCCCUUCCAGCACUGGUUUCAGACC